UCGCCUAAAACACACGCCUCUGUCUUUGUAGUUUGUAUCCACGUUGAACCGAGCGGAGUGGUGACUCGUUCCGGUCGAACAAAUAGCGAAGAAUUCCCCGAGUUUUCCUUGUUAGCCUGCAAAGUUCAAAUGACGGUAUGGUGAGAAGAGAAGACCCAUAUUUAUCACUUUGCAAAUGCAACGAGUUAAAAGGUUCUGAUUCAGCUGUUAUUUGACAAAAUUUGAUCCAUAUAUAUAUAUAUAGAGAGAGAGAGAGAGAGUGAGUUGAGAAGAUAUGUCGAAAUUGUGGGCAAGACUUGCAGGGGCCUUCAGAAACCGAACAUUUGCGGGAAUGGACAAAGCAGGCAAUCGAUACUUCGCCAGAAAAGAAGAGAUCGAUGGUAUCAGUAAUGAAAGAGAAAAGAUGGGUGAUAUUCAAAGGGGAAGAGGAUCCAACCUCCGUUCCAGUUGAAUGGAUAUGUUGGCUGAAUGGGCAGCGCAGAAGAGCUCCGACACCAGAGGAAAUGAUUGAGCUUGAGGCAAGGCGUGAACGUGUUAGACUGAAUGUUGCUCUUCUCAAGAAGGAAGAAGAGGAAAGGAGAGCUAAAGAAGGCAUAAAGUACAAAGGCACAAGCACCAGUAAGGUUGGAGGACCAGACUUAAGAAGUUUUAUUCAGCAAUUUCCAGCUGAUUCAGAAGGUGACAGGGGUGAGGAAGCAUCUAAUGAAGUGGAUGGCUCGAGGAAGUCUAAAGAAACUGAGGCACAGAAAGAAUUCUCAUCUCAAGAAAAACACCAGCCAGAGUCUUCAGAGCCAAUGGGAUCUGGUGCAUCGUAUAGGCCUGGGACCUGGCAGCCACCAACAUGAUGAUUAUCAUAUGUUAACGCACUUCACCAACAAUGCUCCUUGCGGUGCUCACCAUAUUGCUCUUGGUUUUCAACUCCAAUUCUCCUCAGCAGAUUCAGUUCACUUAAUUGUUGUUACUUGACGAGAUUACUAGAUGGUUAUGUUUUGGCACGCUGCAUGAUGAAGUUCUUUAUCACAUCUAUGUUAGUUUGAAUAUAAUUUCUCGACAUUUUUGGUAGAUGGAUCUCACUAUAAUUUCAGUUCAAUGUAUAAUCAUCAGGGUAACCUGAUAUUUUUUUUGUUGUUGGACUUUUUAUCCGGCUUCUUCACGAUGGAGUCUAUUGUACUUUUGGACAGUAGUAGAAACUUAGAACAUUCCAUUGUCAAUUACAGGCAUACUUAUUCAAAUUUUUAUGACACAAAGUGGCUUUCUUUCGUA